AUGGCGGCGGCAACUGCGGCGGCAAAUGCGGCGGCAACUGCGGCGGUGUCAACCCCCGUGUUCGUGUACGGCACGCUCAUGGCUGACGAGGUGCUCCGUGUGCUACUGGACCGCGUGCCCGCGUCGACCCCCGCCCGCCUCCCCAACUUCACGCGGCACAGCAUCAAGGGGCGGCAAUACCCUGCAGUGGUUCCGAAAGCGCACGACUCCGUGAUGGGGAAGGUGCGGAGAAAGGGGGGAGGGGGAAGGGCGCGGGGAUGGGGGGUGGGAGGGGGCGCGGGGAUGAUGGGGCGGCAAUACCUCGCAGUGGUUCCGAAAGCGCACGACUCCGUGAUGGGGAAGCUGCUCCUCAACCCCUCCCCGCGAGAAAUGAGCCUCUAUGACGCCUUUGAAGACGUGAAGUAUGUGCGCUGCACACAGCCAGUCCCCAUCCCACCCCCCCUGCUCCCCCUGCUCCCCCUGCUCCCCCAGCUGCUCUUCAGCCUCUCCCCUCCUGAGAUGAACCUCUUUGAUGCAUUCGAAGAUGUCGAGUAUGUGCGCUCCACCCACCCAGUUUCCCUGCAACGGUUAAUUACCCAGCCAGUUACCGGGCAGGGGUUGACACGAGGGGAGGGAGCUUCGCAGGCAGCGGAUCAAGUUGAACCGCUGCAAGCGGGGGAGGAAGCAAGCGAGGCAUUGGGGGGAGGAGGGGAAGGAGGGGGAGGAGAGGGAGGAGAGGGAGGAGAGGGAGAGAUAGAGGCGUUUGUAUAUGUGUGGGCGAAUGCACAUGACCCUGACCUGUAUGGGUCGUGGGACUACGAGGUAAGAGCACUUCUUUCUUGGGCGAAUACGGAGGUACUCUAUGGUUCCUGGGAGUACAAUGUGAGAAAAGAAGGGGGCCCUCUCUUUCUUCCUGUUCCCCUUCCCGUCCACCUCUCCUCCCAUCAUGCGCAAUGUGGAACUAAGCACAUCACUAGGUCAAAAUUUGAGAUAUCUUAA